AUGCUAGUCAGAAACAUAACACCACUUAAAUUCAGGUUUCGGCCGUUUUUACUUGGUCAGUACUUUUUCUCGUCAUUUCUGCUCCUGUGUCAGGCUGAGCUCCAGAGGUCAUGCCAGCCAGCCAGCCCUCCGCGAGGGCGCGAACACUGCCAGCUGUCAUGCCACUGUAGGACCUACCCACCUCUUCCACCUCCACCCCCUCCUCCACCACCUCUGCGGUUACUCCUCCCCACAGUGAUUGAAAAACCAGUGGUCCAACCAGAGCCUGGGUGGAUGGAGGUCAUUGUUUUGGGGACGGUUGGUUGUGCCUCUGCAGUCUGUCUCCUGUUGGCUGUCAUUAUCUGUUACAAAGCCAUUAAGAGGAAACCAUUACGGAAAGAGGAAAACGGCACCAGUCGUGGAGAGUACGCCAUGAGCUCUCGUAACAAGAAAACCAAGAAUGUUGGCAUCAACAAUUCUGCGGUGUAG